UGCCUGUUGACACCGUGAGUUAAGGGCGCGCCGGUACGCUAUGGAUACGGCACCCCGGUGCCCACCAAGAUAAAAAGGGGCGGAAGCACCAGACGAUAAACGAGAGAUCUCUCGCCAGCGGCGGGAAGGUGGAGGAAGACGAGAGAGCCGUCGCCUUCCUUCCUUCCUUUCUCCAGAACCCCGCUUCCCUUAAUCGAUUUGUCGUUUGGCUUCUUUAGCCGACGAGGAAUCUUUUUUCGCGGGAUCCAAAUGAUCACGAUCUGUUCGUGUCGGUUUAUCUCUUAAUCCGAUCUGGGCAGGACGAGCUCGAGUUCUGGUUGAUGAAUUUGGUGAUCUUGUGAGCAGAGAAAAGAGCGUUCGAUUUGAUGAGAGCCGCGGAGAAAAUGGGAGAAGGAGAGAGGUUUCAGCUCGGAACGGUUGGGGCGCUGGGUCUUUCGGUGGUUUCGUCGGUGUCCAUCGUGAUAUGCAACAAGGCAUUGAUCAGCACGCUUGGAUUCACAUUUGCCACAACUUUGACGAGUUGGCAUUUGCUCGUGACAUUCUGCUCCCUUCAUGUGGCAUUGUGGAUGAAACUAUUUGAGCACAAGCCUUUUGAUGCACGAGCAGUUAUGGGAUUUGGCAUACUGAAUGGCAUCUCCAUUGGACUUCUAAAUCUUAGUUUGGGGUUCAAUUCUGUAGGUUUCUACCAGAUGACAAAGUUGGCAAUCAUUCCGUGUACUGUGCUUUUGGAGACCCUUUUCUUCAGGAAACGAUUCAGCAAGAGUAUCCAGGGUUCCCUUACGGUCCUUCUAAUGGGAGUUGGAAUUGCAACUGUAACAGAUUUGCAGCUUAAUGCUCUGGGUUCUGUUUUAUCGCUACUAGCCGUCAUCACAACAUGCAUCGCACAAAUUAUGACGAACACAAUCCAGAAGAGGUUCAAGGUUUCUUCAACUCAGUUGUUAUACCAGUCUUCCCCCUACCAGGCAAUGACUUUGGUCAUAACUGGCCCUUUUCUUGAUUGGCUUCUAACGGACCAAAAUGUUUUUGCCUUCAAGUAUACACCUCAAGUUCUGGUUUUCAUUAUCUUAUCUUGCUUAAUUUCUGUAUCUGUCAACUUUAGUACAUUUCUGGUAAUUGGGAAGACAUCGCCAGUCACAUACCAAGUCCUAGGACAUCUGAAAACAUGCCUGGUUUUGGCUUUUGGAUAUGUCCUGCUGCAUGAUCCAUUCAGCUGGAGAAAUAUUUUGGGCAUUCUUAUUGCUGUCAUUGGGAUGGUUCUUUACUCGUACUUCUGCAUCCAUGAAAACCAACAGAAGACGACUGAGGCAUCAACACAGUCAUCUCAGGCCGGGGAAAGUGAGUCGGAUCCUCUAUUAGCUGUUGAAAAUGGAGCUGCAAGUGUGACAGAUGGUAUCGUCUCAAAAGCCCCUGCAUGGAGCUCAAACAAGGACCUGCACGCGUAGAUAUGCUGACAAAAAAACAUUCAGCUGCUAGAUUAGCCAAACAGUUGUCCUUCAUAUGCCAUUUGCAUCGACCAAUAACGGAGGCAUCUAAGAUGACACAUUGUUGCAAUAUGAAGAUUGCCCGUAGAGAUGCUAUGAAGAUCAAGAAAAUCCCUGGAUUUGGGGCCGGUAAUAUAUGAAUAUAAAGGUGUAAUUUUUUUUUCUUUCAAAUUUUCCUUUUUAUCCUGGAAUAUGAAGUGUAUGGAAGGUCGCAUCCAUCUUCAUCUUUUAUUCUUGAUCAUUCUUCUUUUUCGCAUGUAAACGGUGUAGAUCCUAGAAUGAACAUGUUUGGUGAGUAUUGACAAUCCCUAGUGGCUGUGUAAUCUUUUUGCAAGUAUUGCUUCUGAAGAAUUGCAUUUUCAUGUUUUAA